AUGGCUAAAGACUCAGCUGCUGGAAUUGAGAUAGGCAAGUUGUUCCACCAGCUGGGAACAGUCCAGGAAAAGGCAAACAUCAGACACCUUGAAUUCUAUGCAAGCGGCUAUUGGCAGCCAGUGCAAGCUGAUGAAGAGAGAUGUGAUGUGGGCUUUCUUCAGCUCAUUCAAGACCACUCUCGCAGCAGCAUUCUGGGCAACUCGUGCACCAUGGCGGAGUACAACAAGCUGAAAAGCAUGCUGCUGGACAUGCAACCCAGGACCUCCACGGACGGGCAAGCAAAUGCCAUGGACCAGAGGAAGAUCCUGGUGGACACAAUGUUCAAGUAUAUAGACAGAAACCAGGACGGCCGUCUGAGCAGUGAGGAGCUGGCAGAGAUAUCCAUAAAGGAGCAUUUGGAAAAUAUCUUAUUGGAGUGCACCAUGCAAGACCUCCUGCGUUACGAUGAUUACAACAACGAUGGUCACCUGACCCUUCAGGAGCUCUACACAGCCUUCCAUGGACACAAGCCGCCGCUGUCAUUACCGAUGUUGUCUUGUCCUGUCCUGCAUCCAUUGUGGCCCAAUGGGAAGAGCCAGCUGUCAUCCAGAAUAAAAUCAGCCAUGCGUUCUGUAAUGCGUGCCACAAUGUGA